CGCAGAAGCAGGCCCAUUCCAACAUGGCAGGUCCGAAAAUAACAUUGUAUCUGGAUGUCGUCAGUCCCUUCGCCUAUAUCGCGUACUACGUCUUGAGAAAUUCUCCCACUUUCGCAAGAUGCGACAUCAACUACGUGCCCAUAUUCCUGGGAGGCUUGAUGCAUGCAUGCAACAAUAGGGCUCCUAUCCAGAUCAAAAACAAGGAUAAAUGGAUCGACAAGGAACGGCUCCGUUGGUGCCGUUACUUUUCCAUUCCUAUGGUAGAAUCUACCCCGGAGGGUUUCCCACCUCUUACGCUAGCGACACAGCGAGCUCUUUGUGCAAUUUCCCUAAAGUGGCCAGAUAAAUUCAUACCAGUGACUGACGCCUUGUAUCACUCGUUCUGGGUUGAGGGCAAUGCGAAAAUCGGACAACCUGAGGGGUUUCUUCCGGUGUUGGAACGAGUACUAGGGAAGGAUGGGGCAGAGGAAGUUUUCAAGGCUUCAACGCUACCAGACGUGAAGGAACGUUUAGUGUCGAACACUUCUCAGGCGUUGAAAUCAGGUGCAUUUGGUAUCCCUUGGUUCGAGUGCACGAACACUCUGGGUGAGACAGAGGGCUUCUGGGGAGUCGAUCAUCUGGGUCAAGUAGCAGACUUUUUGGGCUUGGAACGUAGUUUGGACAAGGGAUUCCGGGCCUCGUUAUGAAACAAAGAACGGAAGACAAGUA